ACCCUAAAAACCUUCACUUAUUACUCAACCAAACACACCUCCAAAAAAACAAAAGAAAACAAAUAAUUUUUCUUUUCUUUCUCUACAAUUCCACAUUGAUUAAAGAAGGAAUGAUCAAAACCUCCAAAGGGUCUGUUUGGAAGAGAAAAAAUAUGAAUCAAGAAAAGGAAAAUCAGAAAAACAAAAGUUGCAAGAAGAAUAUUGAGAAAACAACAAACAAAGGGGGAAAUUAUAAUAAUAAUAAUAAUAAUUAUAAUAAUUACCCUUUGGUUUGUUAUGAAGAAUUGCCAGGAUAUAUGAAGGAUAAUGAGUUUAUUCUCAAUUAUUAUAGAGUUAAUUGGCCUAUUAAACAAGCUCUUUUAAGCAUUUUUCGUUGGCAUAAUGAAACUCUUAAUGUUUGGACGCAUUUACUUGGAUUUAUUCUAUUUGUGGCAUUAACACUAUCAAAUAUAGUGCAAGUGCCUCAACUCUCUGAUUUCAUGACUAUGUUUAUUUGGAACUUUCAAGGGAGUGGUGAUGCAAAUGUAUCUAAUAAUUCAAAGGAAUUUUUCCAAGGUCCAUCUAGACUAAUUGAUUUGAAGCAGGACCAACACUUACAAUUGAAUGACGUGAUGUCAACAAAGAGGUUACAAAGUGAAACAACAUGGCCAUUUUAUGUAUUCUUAGUUGGUUCAAUGUUUUGUCUACUUUCAAGUAGCAUUUGUCACCUAUUUUGUUGCCAUUCCCACAAGCUAAACAUCAUCUUGUUGAGAUUGGACUAUGUUGGAAUCACAGUCAUGAUAAUCACCUCAUUCUUUCCACCAAUUUACUACAUUUUUCAAUGUUCACCACAUUGGCAAAUUGUGUACCUAAGUGGGAUCACAAUCAUGGGAAUUUGCACCAUCAUCACCCUCCUAUCCCCCGUGUUUUCGACCGGGAAGUAUCGAUCAUUCCGUGCUAUUCUGUUCAUGUCCAUGGGAUUCUUCGGCUUGAUACCUGCUGUCCAUGCAGUAAUACUGAACUGGAACGAACCUGAAAGAAACAUCACGCUAGCGUACGAGUUAGCCAUGGCGUUGUCUUAUUUAAUCGGAACUAUGUUUUACAUUACACGAAUCCCGGAGAGAUGGAGACCUGGAUUUUUUGACCUAGCUGGUCAUAGUCAUCAAAUAUUUCAUGUAUUUGUGAUUUUAGGUGCAUUGUCACACUAUGGUGCUGCACAAGUGUUCUUGGAAUAUAGGAGUCGAUUGGGGUGUAACACACAAUAAAUUAAAUGCAAUAUGACUUUAUUUUACCAAAGGGAAAAAAGGGGAAAGAAAAGAAUAUUAUUAUCAUACUUCAUUUUUUAUUUGAAUUUAAAAAAAUAUUUGAUGUAAGGUAUUGCUUUGUGUUAUACAAGGUGUGAAUGUUUUUUUUUUACCCUUUAAGAUAUAGGAAGAAUCAUUCAUUUGUUAUAUAUGUAAUGAACUUCUAAUGUAUACAAUUUAAAGCUAAAUUAAAACACAGAGAUUUUUUUAGUGAUUGUCA